AUGGGAGGAAGGUCCAUUGCGUUUUGUCAAAAUCCAGGACAUCGACACCACCCGUGUUCGUAAACCCAACUUCAUUGAGACUUUCCAGAUCGAAGGAGACUGGUAUUUUGCUGUAGUUGACGGCUCCAAAGCCGGAUUCACCAGUCUGUACCGCUGGAACAGUAACGGCUUUUACUCACACCAGUCCCUCCAUCCCUGGCACAGAGACACUCACAUCGACUUCCUAGAGGUGGACGGCAAACCUCGUCUCAUACUCUCUAGCACCUCGCAGUCCCCGGUGGUGUAUCAGUGGAACCGCAGCCAACGCCAAUUUGAGUACCAUUUGCAGAUGACCUAUUCAGGCGACGUGCAGAUGGUGAAGCACUUCUGGGUACGAAAAGUGCUGUAUCUCUGCCUCACGCGCUUCAUAGGAGACUCGAAGAUCCUGCGCUGGGACAACCAACGCUUCGUAGAGAUUCAAACCCUGCCGUCACGUGGCUCAAUGGCCGUGUAUCCGUUCAGCGUCGGAGUGAGGCAGUACCUUCUGCUGGGCAGCGAUUAUUCCUUCUCUCGGAUCUACCUGUGGGAUGAGCUCACUCAAAGAUUCCAGCCCUUCCAGGAACUCAACAUGCUCGCGCCUCGAGGCUUCAGCCUGGUCUCUGUUGACAAUAAGGAUAUUCUGUUAGCGGCCAGUUUUAAAGGAAAGACCAUGGCCUACCAGCAU